AUGACAACAGUGAGUACGUCUUCAGCGCUGAAGCCUACAAAGUCCACUAAGAGAUAUAAAAGUGUCAGAAGGAAUACCAAUAUAUACCAGGUCCCCCCUCAGAGUAAUUCAGAUGAAGAUGAAAAUGCUGAAGGAAAAGAAGAAAAUAAUGAUCCAGAAACUAUCUUCCAGAAUAUACAAAUCCAGAAGGAAAUUGUUGCAAAUAUUCGAUGCAGACCUUGGCCAAUGAGACAGAAGCUGCGGUCACUUAAACAAGCUAAAGAAAUUGUGUUGAAGUAUGAAGGACGUCUCACCAGAACACGAGGUUAUCAAGCAGCUGGAGCAGAGCUUUGGAGAAAAUUUAGUCGCCUGUCCUACAAUUUUGUUGUGCUCUUUAUUCCAUGGGAAAUGAGAAUAAAGAAGAUUGAGAGUCACUUUGGCUCAGGUGUUGCCUCAUAUUUUAUCUUUUUACGAUGGUUAUUUGGAAUCAAUAUUGUCCUUACAAUUAUGACAGGAGCCUUUGUGGUGUUACCAGAGAUCCUAGCAGGAGCUCCAUUUGGAAGCACUGUCAACAAGAAAAUCCCUGAUAAGGAAUUUCCUUCAGCACAGGACUUGAACACCAUCUGGUCACUGGGGGGUUAUCUCCAAUAUUCUGUGUUAUUUUAUGGCUACUAUGGACGAGAAAGAAAAAUAGGACGAGCUGGGUACCGACUUCCAUUAGCAUAUUUUCUUGUUGGAAUGGCAGUCUUUGCAUACAGUUUCAUCACACUACUGAGAAAAAUGGCAAAGAAUUCAAAGCUGAGCUUGGCCAGUGCAUCAGAUGAAAACUACACUUUCUGCUGGAGAAUCUUCUGUGCAUGGGAUUAUCUCAUUGGGAAUCCGGAAGCUGCUGAGAGCAAAGCUGCUGCCAUAGUAAAUAGCAUUAGAGAAGCAAUAUUGGAAGAGCAGGAAAAGCGAAAAAGCAACAAUUUGGCAGUUGCAAUAAGUCUCCGCAUUCUUGCCAACAUCUUAGUUCUGUUGUCUCUGGCCGGCAGUAUUUACAUUAUCUACUUUGUGGUAGACCGAUCACAAAAACUGGAACGUACAAAAAUAGAGCUAACACUUUGGGAAAAAAAUGAGGUGAGCGUUGUGGUUUCACUCAUAACCAUGAUUGCUCCUUCAGCAUUUGAGCUUGUAGCUGCCUUGGAAAUGUAUCAUCCGAGAACAACACUGAGAUUCCAGUUGGCAAGGGUUCUGGUUUUGUAUCUAGGGAAUCUGUACAGUUUAAUCAUUGCCCUACUGGACAAAGUCAACAGCAUGAAUCUCUGUCAAUUGGCUACAAAGAAUGUAGCUCUCACUGGAGGAUCCUGCCUAUCCAAUAGUAUUAAUGGCACAUUAAUGGACGCUGCCCCACUCUAUGCCACCACAGCAGUCACUGUGUUCUCUACAGCAACUCCUGCUAUAGGAAUGGACAUAAACUCUACCGUUAUUGUAGAAUUUGAGCAGAACAUGACUAAGCCUUUGGCACUCGUUGACAACCAGACAACACCCUGGGUUAUACCAAGCAUCCGACCACAGAAGAAUGAAUGCUGGGAAACCUAUGUAGGGCAGGAGAUGCUGAAGCUUUCCAUUAUUGAUAUGAUUUUCACAGUGGCCAGUAUCCUCCUUAUUGACUUCUUUCGCGGCCUGUUUGUAAGGUAUUUGAGUGGCUGCUGCUGCUGGGACCUUGAAAGCAAAUUUCCAGAAUAUGGAGAAUUCAAAAUAGCUGAGAAUGUUCUGCAUCUGGUCUACAAUCAAGGAAUGAUUUGGAUGGGAGCAUUUUUUUCACCGUGCUUGCCGGCUUUCAACGUUUUCAAAUUGAUAGGCCUGAUGUAUUUAAGAAGCUGGGCAGUGCUGACAUGCAAUGUUCCACAUCAGCAGGUUUUCCGAGCUUCAAGGUCUAACAACUUCUACCUGGCUAUGCUCCUCUUCAUGCUUUUCCUGUGCAUGCUGCCGACAGUUUUUGCUAUAGUAAGGUAUAAGCCAUCCAUAAACUGUGGACCAUUCAGUGGACAAGAGAAGAUUUAUGACAUCAUUUCAGAAACCAUUGAAACAGAUUUCCCAGCUUGGUUCAACAAGGUCAUGAGCUAUGUCAGUAGCCCGGUCGUGGUGGUUCCAGCUCUGCUCCUUCUCUUCAUGUUGAUUUAUUACCUUCAAAGCAUUGCAAGGUCAUUAAAAUUCACCAAUAAUCAGCUAAGAGCACAGAUCCAAACUGAAAGGACAGAAGACAAGAAAAAAGUGUUUCAAUUGGCUGUAGCCCGGUUUCAGAACAAGGAUGGACUUGACAAAAAACGAGAACAAGACAGUGACAUAGUCAGCCAAGAGUCAUCGGUACACUCUUCAACUCCAAGAAAGAAUGGCAGUGUGGUAAACUUUGAAUCCCCUGGCAGCAAACACAGUCGAAUACAGACCAUCACUCAAUCUGCCCCACGAGUCGUUGUUCCGCAAAUCCCAAAUGUAAACCUGAGCCCUUCUGCAUCUAGAGUAAAACAGCAGCGGGCGGAGAACACUUCCAGCAGGCCACCUACUGUAAAACUGGGAAGUUCAAAUGAUGUCUGCAGAACUAAGAACUACAAUCCAGUAGUGCCUAAGAAGCAAACUGAAGAUGCCCUAUCAGAACCUUUAUUCAGAAAAGGAAUCAGGCGUGUAACACCUGAGCACCAUGGAUCCAGUGCCCCAAAUGUUGUGUCCCACCGUCCACACACAAGGUAUUUUAUUGUUAAUGAACAUGAGUCUCGAAAGAAGCUCCUACGCUCAACAUCUAGGCUUCCAAGACACUUCCGAAUGGAUGAGUCUGGGGAUAUAGUGGAGUUAUACCCAAGGAAUGUCAGGAGGUAUCUUCUUCAAACUCCAAGAAGAUCCUACUCACCACACCUCAGUGAGGAAGAAGAUGAUGAACUUCAGAGAGAUUUAAUCAGUAGAUCCGCCCGGCCUCGUUCCUUAUCAGAUCUUCGCCAUCCUCCUCGCUUUUACAUUGGUGAUCGAACAGAUGGUCAUAUUCUAUCAGGAAGAGACUCCGCAAGAAUACAGUAUAAAUCCUGGGAAGGAGGAUUCCCGAUUGACUCUGAUAAACCACCACAUCAUCGCAAAAAGCUAAAUAUGAGGAACUAUGAUGUUGAUGAACACUUUGUGGAACGCCAUAGAAAAGUAAAAUCAAAGCACAAACCUGAACAUUGUCUUACAGAGUCUGACUCAGUAUCAAAUGCAUCUAGCAGUGACCAGCAAAACAGCAGCACUGACCAAUACAUCCAAGUCAUACAUAGUAAGGACAAAUAUGUGAAAACUAGUGGAAAGAUAGCUAAAAAGAAGUCAAAAGCAAGUGCAAACUUAAAUCCCUCUGCAUUUAAUGAACUCGUUUGUUCAAAUGUCUAG